AUGGGCGCGAACUCGUCCAAACCGUCCGACACCCAGCCGCCACACGUGUGGAAGGGGUCAUCACCCAGCAGCGUAUCACAAGAGAUGGUCGAGUCGCUGCAGUCGAGCACAGAGACCGACGCGUCCCGCGCCCAGCUGGCCGAGCUCCAGGUGCAGGCCCGCGUCGCCGCGGAGCUGCGCAAGCUGCAGCAGCAGGAGGACAAGCGGCUCAGGGAGCUCACCGACAAGCUGGCCUCCUCCAGCGCCGACGACAACAACAAGCAGCCGUCCGUGACGCGGCACGAGGUGUCCGGGGAGGUGCGGGCGCUGCGGGCGAAGCUGGAGCAGAGGAAGGGCGUGCGCGAGGUGCCCGAGGGCGUCGAGGCGGCCCGUGGCGACGUCGUGCGCUGCCUGCGCGAGAACGACCGCCGGCCGCUGGACUGCUGGAGGGAGGUGGAGCGGUUCAAGGAGGAGGUGCGCCGGCUGGAGAAGGGGUGGGUUGAGAAAGUUAUCUCAUGA